AACAUGAUCAGGCAAUGAUGAAGUACAGUAAAUUAUCCAAAAAAAGAGAGAAUGAAACUAAGGCCAGGAUAGAGGCCAAUGAAGACUUGUAUGUAUAUAGAAAAAAAUUCCACCAGACGACAAUGAAUUAUUACUCCUGUAUGAAUAAUCUACAAUAUAAAAGAAAAACAGUUCUUUUGGAGCCAUUGCUCGGCUGCUUACAUUCCCAAAUAAUGCAUUAUAAAACGGGUCAGGAAGGAUUGUCAAACAACUUAGAAGACUUUCUUACAAAUAUCAGUGUCAGUGUACAAAGUGUGCACUCUGAAUUAACAGAAGAGCAGCAAAAAUCUCAACAGAAAAUGGAUGAACUUAUUGGUUCCAGUACAUAUUUUUAUACACCAGACCCAACUCCUGAUAUGCAGAUGAGACCAAGAGCCAUUGAUACUGAUAUCAAACAGAAAGCUGGUUAUCUAUUUGUAAGAUGUAAACAAGGCUUUUCUACAAGAUGGGAAAGACGGUAUUUCUUUACACAAGGUGGUAAUUUAAUGAGCCAACCUAGAGAACAGUUUGCAGGUGCUUUAGUCAUGGAUUUAGAUAAAUGCAAUAUUCAACGAGCUGACUGUGAUGAUCGAAGAUAUGUUUUUCAAAUUACUGCUUCAAAUAAAAG